ACAACUUUUUUAUAAGUUUAUAACUUUGCGGUUACAGUUCGCAGUAUUGACCUUGCGAACUCCGAUAACGUAAAUAUUAUAACUGUUUUACGAACAACACAACCAUAACUUUUCCGAGUGUCGAGAAGUCUCUUUGAAUAUUAAAAAAAAUGUUAAAUGUAGUUACGGUCAAUACAAACCCUUACGAGGGACAAAAACCGGGAACAAGCGGUCUCAGAAAAAAAGUCAAGGUUUUCCUACAAAAUAAUUACACAGAAAACUUUAUUCAGAGUAUUUUAAAUGCAAAUAAAGAGUCGCUAGAGGGGUGCACGUUAGUUGUUGGAGGUGAUGGAAGAUACCUUGUCAAGGAAGUGGUGGACAAAAUUAUCAAGAUCUGUGCUGGUAAUGGGGUGGGAAAACUAUUGAUUGGACAAAACGGUCUCCUCUCCACACCUGCUGUUUCUUGCAUAAUAAGGAAAUAUAAAACAUUGGGUGGUAUAGUACUAACAGCGUCACACAACCCGGGUGGCAUUGACAAUGACUUUGGCAUCAAGUUCAACUGCAGUAAUGGUGGGCCUGCGCCCGAUGGCAUCACCGACAACAUCUAUCAGCUCACCACCACCAUACAGCAGUACAAGUUAGUGCCUGAUCUUGUCUGCUCGGUUGACAACAUCGGUGUGCAGACUUUCAAGGUUGCAGAUCGUGAGUUCGUAGUGGAGGUGAUAGAUUCUGUGCGGGAUUAUGUCGACUACAUGAAGGAGAUAUUCGAUUUCUCCAAGAUACGUACACUGCUGCAGGGCUCCGAGCAGCGCAAACCCUUCAAAGUGCUUAUCGAUUCUAUGAGUGGAGUGACGGGUCCGUACGUGAGACGCAUCUUCCUGGAGGAGUUGGGCGCUGGGGAGGGCAGCUUGCGGCGCGUCACCCCGCUGCAGGACUUCGGCGGCGCGCACCCCGACCCCAACCUCACGUACGCCGCAGACCUCGUCAAUGAGAUCAAGAACGGCGAUUAUGACUUCGGCGCGGCUUUCGACGGUGACGGAGACCGCAACAUGAUAGUGGGGCGCGACGCCUUCUUCGUGACGCCGUCGGACUCGCUGGCGCUGCUGCAGCGCGGCCGGCAGGCCCGCGCGCGCCACGCCCCACGCCAUCGCCAGCAGAGACGACCCCAUCAUCGUGUUCCACACGGAGAAGCUGCCACAUCACGCAUUCGUUACUGCAUCUUCCCAGUCCACAAUCGUUGCUCUUAG